AUGUCCUCGGCCAAGCAGCGAGGCUCCAAGGGCGGCCCCGGCUCGUCCGCCCCCUCCGAGAAGGGCGCCCACCCGGCGGGCGGCCCCGAUGACGUGGCAAAGAGGCAGCAGCAGCCGCAGUCCGAGCAGCAGCCCAGGCAGCAGCAGCAGCAGCCCAGGCAGUCCCCCCAGCCAAACCAACAGCCCAAACAGCCCCCGAAGCAGCAGCAGAACCAGCCGUCCCACCCCAAGGGCAGCAGAGGGGGAGGGGGAGGCGGUGGGAAAUCCUCAGCGGCCUCCGCAGCCUCCUCCUCUUCCUCCUUCUUUGGCAAGCUGGCGAAGGUUCUCAACUUUCUCUUCUACCUCACCCUCGUCGCUGGGGCCGGCUUCUCCGGCUGGUGUGUCCAUAACGUUUUGGAGGAAGUCCAUCAGAUCCGGCUCCGGAAUGAGGGCUUCACCAGGCAGAGAGAGGAGCUGGGCCAGGGCUUGCAAGGCGUCAUGCACAAGGUGCAAUCUCUACAGUCUACGUUUGUGAGUUUUGAGUCCAUCUUGAAAAACUCCCAACAUAAGCAGGAACUGACAGAGAAAGCAAUCAAACAGGGGGAGAAUGAGAUCAAUCGUAUCAGCGAGGUGCUGCAAAAAUUGCAGAACGAGAUCCUGAAGGACCUUUCGGAUGGCAUCCAUGUGGUCAAGGACGCCAGGGAGAAGGAUUUCAACUCCUUGGAGCACACUGUGGAAGAGAGACUCACGGAGCUUACCAAGUCCAUCAAUGAGAACAUCGCCAUAUUCACUGAUGUCCAGAAGAGGAGCCAGAAGGAAAUCAACGAGGUGAAAGCCAAGAUCUCUUCGCUGGAGGAGACAGAUUGGUACAAAGAUGACUUGAAGGCAUUGAGGGAUGUGGUGGAUGGACUUCAGACCUCAGUGAAAUCCAGAGAAAAGGAUAUUGAGUCCUUGAAAAAUUCCCUGGAGACCAUGGAGUCUGAUGUCUAUACCGAAGUCAAAGAGUUGGUGAGCUUGAAACAGGAGCAAGAAAAGUUCAAGGAAGCUGCUAACAAUGAACGUCUAACAUUGCAGUCCCUGAGGGAGAAGAUCCUUCAGGCUGAGGCUUCCUUGUCCCAUCUCCCCGAUGAGAUAAAGAGAUUGGAAGAAGACGUGCGCCAGGUCAAAGCAAACUCCAACCACCAAGAAGAGAAUGACAUUUUCAAAAACACAGACGCCUUAGACUCUCUUCAGAGGAGGAGCGAUGAUUUCGAUUCCAGGUUUGAGCGCCUGGAAGGAAGCCUGCAGGCCAUCCAGACGGCAUCUUCUCAGCAGAUGGAAACUCUGGAAUCCCUUCUUUCCAAGAAUGAAGAGCAUGAACAUCAGCUGGCCACCCUCCAGGAGCACCUCCAAGGCAUCACGGCUUCCCGUGGGUUUCUGGACGAGGAUAAAGAUGGCCUCAAGAGUACCGUGAGAAGCCUGGGGGAGUCUCAGCUCUCCCUGUUCAACGACGUGGAGGAACUGAAGAGAAGCGUGAGCGAGCUCCCCAGUGCCGUGGACUCUCUCGAGAAGGUGCAGAAACAGGUCCGCACUCUGCUCGAAAAUGCCCCGGGGGACGCUGCUCUCCCUCCUGACUAUCUAGAAAAAAUGGCGUCUGUGGAUGACUUAAAAUCCUCCUUAAGCCAACUGGAAUCAGACCUAAAAAUGGUUAGGACUGCUGUGGACAGUCUGGUCGCCUACUCAGUGAAAAUUGAAACCAAUGAGAAUGAUUUAAUAUCCACAAAAAGUUUAUUGGACGACCUGAGGAGCGAUCUGGAUCGGCUGUUUGUGAAAGUUGAGAAAAUUCAUGAAAAAGUCUAGACAAGUUAUCGAUGCUGGUGUGGAAUUUCAAAGUCGUCCCUCCCCGUCCCUUUUCUCAUGGCCAAAAAAUAAAAUCUUCCCUCUUUAUAAUGAGCAAUAGUUACUCAUGGAAGCGCCUGGGCAUUCUCUGAUGCCCCCUUGCCUACCCAGUUAAUUUAUUUGUCAUUGUUAGGCUAUACCUGUGAAAACAGGGCUAUGGUUGCUUCAUUAUUCUGUAUUGACUUUUAGCUUUCUCCCUGAAGGGCCCCCAUCUUCAGGAAUCUGAGGUUCCUUCUAGAAAGAUGUUUCGAACAUCACAGAAGGGCAAGAAUGAUUUCAGGUGACAAUAAACAGGAACAGACUAGCAUUAUUAGCCUUCAGAGGCCACCUUGGCCACCAUUUUUUUACUCAAGUAAUAAAAAAGAAUGCCAAUUAAAAUUGUCCUUAAGGAAAAUAAAUUUGUUUUUUUUGGUUUUUUGAUGGGAGGGGGGAGGGCCCAAGUUUUCCAUGAGAUGUCAGUCACUUAAAGUCUUCCACUUUUAAACUGGCUGGAAACCAGAAACAUCAGCACAAUUUAGGGGAAAAAAUAUACCAAUUCCUAGUUUGUUUGUUUGUUUGUUUUUUUUAACUACUUUACCAUAGUCCCUCCCAUAGGUGCUUUCUUAUAGUUUCUCUUUCAUCCUUAUUCUUCCCACCCCCAUUCUAUACAUCCUCUAGUGAUAUCCAAGGUAACUAUGCAAGACUCAGAAGGCUCCGAUUGCCAAGAUGGGGCAUCCACACUGAGUAAUCCUGAGCCCAUCUGUGCCAAAUCUUCUAGUUGGGUCAUCAGAUAACUCUUAGACUUAGCAGCCCAGAACAGGGGUCUGAUAUAUUCUUGAAUCAUAUCCCAGGAGCAGUGCAGCGGAAUGGGGCGUCCCCUCAGGUAUGCAGACCAAAUGUCUAUAACCUAUUUUUUUUUUAAAGUUUUUUUUAAAAAAUGAUACUCAUGGGGAUCUGCUAACAGUAGAUCCCCGUCUGUCAGUGGAAAAACAAAAAGUAUGCACUGCAUUUCAUGUCAUUGUUUGCUCUGUCCCCGUCCCCGAGCUGCCCUGUUCCUGAAGGUCUGUCCUGUCCUGUCCUUUAAAGCCAUUUUGUUUUUCCUCCAUUUGGAGUAAUUUCAGACGUUCGUUUAGUUGACUGUGAAAUGAACUGUAUGGCUUCUUUACAGUAUUUUUAAUUCUUAAUAAACACUUUGGAGCUUUGUA